AUGAAAAUCUCCGUGUUUAUAUUUUUUAUUGGAAUAGUACACGCCCUUUUAAGAGAUAUAGGUGUUUCUGAAUUUACAUAUGAAAAUUUAAACUCUAUUUUGGACAACAAAAAAUACAUUGAUGAUGAUGAUACCUACUCAUAUAUCUCUCUUAAACAAUCAUUGUAUUCACUAACUCAGGAUGAUAAUUUAUUUGAAUUAAUAAGAGACUUUCAAGUUACAUUUCAGACCAAACAAAACCCAGAAAGUGAAACUAUUGAGAAACUAGCACCUCGAUCCGCACCCGCAAAAGAUGGAGUUGCCCAAAAAGAGGCAGUAUCAACAGAAGAUGUAUAUUUCUUAUUACUUCUAGCAAAUUUCUUACAAAGACCUCUUACUCAUCAAUUGUGUGUGACUGUAUUAACGAACAUCUGCCCUACUAUCAAUAAUUAUUCUGCCACAGGAGCUGUAUCUAGUGACUUUAUAACAAAAAGAUGUGCCAAUGUAACACUGACAUGUCUAUAUUUAGUGAAAAAAAUGGAUGAAUACUGUCAAAAGAUUAAAGAAGAACAAAAUAACGCUCUUUCUGUUACAAAAGAGGUUUGCACUUAUCAUGUUGGUAACUGCAAAUAUUUAGAAAAAGCAUGUGGGGAGAGCCUAAAAAAAUCGUGCGCUAAAAUCAAGACUCAAUGCAAAAAACUGGAAAACGACUCUAAAGUUCAUGAAGAUACGGGUUUUGUUAAUACUCACACGCAAAUUGUUGAUGAAACAGUAUACGUGACAGAAACAGUAUAUUAUACUCAUACAUCUGUAAUAUUCACAACAAAAAAAUGUUGUUCAAAAAAAACUAAAUACAAAACUUGUGCAACAAAACCAACUACUUGUCCUGCACUAUCUACUGGAUCAGAAGCGUGCCCGACGGAAGCAUCUUCAGAAGAUCAUGAUCCAGAGCCUACAAAAACAUCAGAAGAUGGUGAUUUAGAACCUGUAGAAACAUCUUCAGAAGAUGAUGAUCUUGAACCUACAGAAACAUCUUCGGAUGAGUCAGAAACAGAAACGUCUUCAGAAGAACAGGAACCAGUAGAGGAACCAGAACCAACAGAAGAACCAACUCUUGCAGAGCCGACUGAAGAUGAAGAAUGUACGAUUACAAAAACAAUAACAAUGACAAACAGAUUUGGAGAGACACUUACAACAACUGUAACAGUAUCAGAAAAGCCUGGGGAGACUAACAAAGAUCAAAUAAACAAUAAAGGUGAUAGCAUCAAAAAAGAAGCCUUUCAAAAAGUAGGAAUAUUUUGUCUAAUUAUAGGGGUAACAACAGGGGUUUGGAUAAUUGUUUAA